AUGAUUCCUCAUUCAUUUUCAUUUUUGUGUUUUCCUUCCUUCUCUUUCUCUAUCAGAUGCAUCACUUUCUCUUUCUCUGUCUUAUGCUUCUCUUUCUCUCUCUUAUACUUCUCUUUCUCUCUCUUAUGCUUCUCUUUCGCUUGUGCAUCCUUCUCUUUCUCAGUCUCUUUUACACACAUGCUACCCUUUCUCUUUGAUUUCUUUUUUCUUUUUUUCUCUCUCGCUUUUACACACUUCUCUUUCUCUCUCUCAUGUUUCUAUUUCUCUUUCGCAUGUUUCACAUUAUCUCUCACAACUUUCAAUCUCAUACCCCGCGUUCUCUUUCACGUCGUUCUCUUUCUCUUUUUCUCUUUCUCUUUCUCUUUUUCUCUUUCUCUUUUUCUCUUUCUCUUUUUCUCUUUCUCUUUUUCUCUUUCUCUUUUCACUUUCACUUUUCUCUCUUUCUCUUUCGCUUCUCAUUCUCUCUCGCUCUGUUACUUGUCUUUCUCUCUCGCUCUGCUACUUGUCUUUCUCUCUCUCUCUCUUUCUUCGUUUUCUCUCUCUUUCUCUUUCGUGGUUUUCUCUCUCUUUCGUGGUUCUCUUUCUCUCUCUUUCUCGUGGUUCUCUCUCUCUCUCUCCUCUCUUUCUCGUCGUCGUUUCUCUCCUCUCUCUUCUCGUCAGUUUCUCUCCUCUUUUCUUUCUCGUCGGUUUCUCGCACUCUCUCUUUCUCGUCGGUUUCUCUCACUCUCUUUCUCGUCGGUUUCUCUCACUCUCUUUCUCGUCGGUUUCUCUCACUCUCUUUCUCGUCGUUUUCUCUCUCUCUCUCUCGUCGUUUUCUCUCUCUCUCUUUCUCGUCGUUUUCUCUCUCUCUCUUUCGUCGUUUUCUCUCUCUCUCUCUUUCGUCGUUUUCUCUCUCGCUCUCUCUCUUUCGUCGUUUUCUCUCUCUCUCUUUCGUCGUUUUCUCUCUCUCUCUCUUUCGUCGUUUUCUCUCUCUCUCUCUUUCGUAGUUUUUUCUCUCUCUCUCUCUUUCUCUCUCUUUCUCUCUCUCUCUCUCUCCUUUUUCUCUCUCUCUCUUCGUUUUCUCUCUCUCUCUCGUCGUUUUUUUUCUCUCUCUCUCGUCGUUUUCUCUCUCUCUCUCUCGUCGUUUUCUCUCUCUCUCUCUUUCGUCGUUUUUUUUCUCUCUCUCGUCGUUUUUUUUCUCUCUCUCUCUUCCUCUUCUUUAUUUCUCUCUUUUUUACUCUCUCUCUUCCACUUCUUUCUCUCUCUCGUUCUCCUUUUCUUUCUCUCUCUCGUAUUUUCUCUUUUUUUUUCUUUCCCAAAGUGCAUCCCUUUCACAUGAUUUACUUUCGCGUGCUUCUCCUUUCUCAUACUUCUCUCUCUUUCACGUGCCUCUCUCUCUCUCUCAAAAUGCUUCUCUUACUCUUUUUGAUUUCUUCAUCAAUCCCAGCCAUAUUGUUUUACUCUCAUUGCCUUUCUUUUAUUAAUGUUUUCUUCGAGUUUUUCUUAAUCUAUUCGAAGCCUUCAUUAUACGCAUAUCAUCCUUUUUCCUCUUGCCCGCUUCUCUUUAUAAAACAUUCUCUUCUUUACUCAUUCUUCUCUUUUCAACUUCUCCUCUCCUUCUUUAAACAUUCUCCUCUCUUCCUCUUGACACCUUCUCUUCUCUUCGUCUUGACAUCUUUUCCUCUUGACACCUUCUCUUCUCUUCCCCUUGACCUUUUCUUCUCUUUUCUUCUCUUCCCCUUGACACCUUCUCUUCCUCCUUGA